AUGCUCGUAUCCCGAGAUCAACAUGAACAAACGCCACGCCUGGAAGAUUUCUUCUGGACAGGGUCGGGAGAUGGUCCACCUCCGCCUCCAGAACCAGCAUUAGCCACCCCAGCACAACCAUCGACGCCUCUAGUCCACACCACCACAGUGCUGGCUACGGCUGUGACAGACAAGACUACAGGAGAAUGUAUUCUCAAUUGUGGUGAGCCAAUUGGCCCAGACAGUUUGGAACCAGAGAUUCCCGAAGAUCGCCGAUACUGGCUCCUGACCGUUAUACAGGGCUCUACUCCCGACAGUCUGCAGCUGAAAUUAGCGAGGUUAUAUCAGAAGGCAUUCUUAAGACAACAAGAACGACACUUGGGUAUCAUCAAAUCAUUAGAUGCACCAACAUCGAGAAGGAAACACGACGUCCACUCGUUUGUUGUUAACAAAGGGAAUAGCAUUAAUCAAAUAGGCUCUUAUAGUUCCGAUACACCUUUCAAUAAUGUUAAUAUAAUAAGUUCUAUGACACGUAUUGAAUCAUUUACUGACACAGUAACUAACAUUAAAAAUACUGUUUCUCUCCAUUUACCAAAUGAUGUAAUGCUGAAGGUAUAUCCAAAUGAAGAUUUAAUUCAAAUCGACAAUGUGGACCCGUCAUCAAUGAGGGCAGAAAUAAAAGCAACGAGAAUUAGUGAUGUUGAAUCAUGGAUAUUAGCGGCACCAACAAUAGUCGUAAGGAAAAGGGAAAUAAGAGAUCGAGAAAACGAAGACAUCAAAGAAGACCUCAUAGAUAUACCACUAGAAUCGGAUUCUGGCAAUGAGACAUUGUUGUUUAAGAGGGAAAUAAUUAAACCCGAACAACAACCUCCAGUACAAGUUCAUAUUCAGAAUAUAACUGAGUCACCUGAAACGGGCAGCGUGCAAAUAGUGUACGUGGUGUUGGUGGGUGGACGAGCAGUCCCAGCAGCUGUCGCAGCAAGGGACAUGAGGCUAGUACGGGACGCGGAGGUGGCACGAGAGCUAGGAGCCGUCGUUACCACUAAGGCGGAGCCUUACCUGAAGGCGGCCGAGGAUCUAGAAGGGCAAGCAGAAACUAAAACUGGUGUCCACGGCACGGAACUUUGGGCGUUAGCCGUGGGUGCUACCGUGGCUCUGCUUCUUCUGCUUAUAUUGUUUGCACUUUUGUGUUUGGCGCAUAGAAGAAAAGCCGUAAAGUCUGCGGCAUCAUUGCGAGCAUAUAGAAAUGAACUGAUGAGAGAAGCUGAAAGGAAUCAACUGAAACAAGUGCACGAAGAAAAGGACGGCAGAUUAAUCAGCGUUGUUUCACCAAGUCGCACCCGGCCCAGCAGUACACUACUACCAAUAUACAGAGCCGCCAGCGCUUCCAGAGGCAACAUAGUAGAACCACUAUCACGUAUUCUGGAACCGGUAUCAGUUCGACAUUUGGACAUCGACACCCCCGUCUCGAGUCCUAAGCGUCCCAAAGAGAAAGAUAAAAAUGUAAUACCUCGAAGACAGAUGCCCUCUCAGCUGGUAAGACUGGGCAGUAUCGACAAAGAUCCGGGAGUUAUAGGACCUUUGCCGCCGAGUCCUACAAAGUCACCGUCUUCGACUCAAAAAACUGGACCAUCUCGGAUGCGACAACGGUUCAACGAGCUAAUGGACGACGCUUUUACUUUAUUUGGAAGCGCUGCAUCUGGAUCUAAAGAUACUACAGGAGGUUCUGAACGGGAAACCAGCGGAGACAAGAUUAAACCAGAAAGCGAACAAGUAACGCAGGCUCGUAACGAUAACGUUAAACUCCCGGGUUCACCGUACACAGCUAUGGAUACAGUGCGAGGGAAGUCGGCGGGCGAUAGCAGCAAUGUUCGAGUGCUGGAUAACACUUAACUGUGACAAGGCGUAAAAUUACUAUCAUUAAUAAUUAUCAAUAGUUUUAAUAAAUGUAACACAAUUAUCAAAUUAAACGGAUAUCACAGGCAUUGCUCAGAUUCCAAAAUGAAUAUCUAAAGCACCUGUAUUAUGGAAUAUCUGAGACAACGAACAUGCCACACCACCCAGACCCAUUAUUGAAAAGUAAAGACAAUAUCGUACGUUGAGAACGAUAGUGACAUAAUUCAAAAAAUGCGAUUUUGCGUAAUGAGCGUUUAAAGUUCAAGAAAUUGUAAUCAGCCGCUAAACAACGUAUCGUCACUACGCCACCUAGCAGUUUCUAUGCAAGCUACGUUCACAGGGAUCUUUGCAUUUUAAAGUUUAUACUUGACAAAGAAAAAUGUUGCCAAAAGUAGAGAAGACGUCGUUUUUGGUUAAUGACAUUGUCAUUCUCAAUGUGCGAUAUAGAAAAGUCCAUUUUCUACAUUUACCCGAUUGGGGCAUCAGAGAUGGCGACACAUUGAAACACUCGGCUACGGGGGUCGUGCUUUGUUUGAAGGGGGUCGACGAAGUGGAAGUGUGACAUUGUGUGACAAGGGGAUGGGAGGGUCCUAAAUUUCGCGACGUAACAUUUCAAAAUCUAUUAUAAUCUAAGUGUUAAAACACGAACAUUAAACUAUUACUUUACAAAAACCUUGUAAAAUACGUGACAUCACACUAGGAGGGGGGAGUAUUACAAAUGUGACCAGCCCCCCGUCCUGGUUACAACUAGGACGGGGGGAGGGGCAAAAACGUCAUGAAAAUCGUGUGACGUAAUUUAUGGAUGAGCCCUCAGCUUACGUAAUACUCGCGUGGUCCAUAUAGUCGCAGCGGUGGGGCGGAGUGUCGGGGCGCGCGGCCCCGCACGUGCUCCACCCGCCCCGCGGACAGGCGCGCGGCCGCCCCCCGCGCGUGGGGCCCCACUCCCCCGCACUCGUUAACAAGUGUGCGGGGUUCAGUGCCGACCGUGAACCCGGCUCUGGUGCGUACAGACGCGCACCUGACGAGCGGCGACCCCGCACUGCCUCUCAUCUCCGCCAUUACCACGGAGAUACAGCGUGUAAGAGAUCACUCACGGAAACCAGACACAUAGAACCAGACGCAAGCUCCCGAGCAAAAUAUGUAGGGUAGAUGACCUAGUUUUGUCAUUUUAUAUGUAACGGGGAAGAAACAUUAACACGUCAAAGCUACCAACAUUAUAGUUUUGCCGUAAUACAACACUAGGAAUAACGUACACGGUAAUGUAACAUUUGGGUUAAUUAGAACGCCUUUAAUUCUCAUAUGACCAAAAAGGGCCAGUGGUAAAAACAGGUUCUUCUGCCCUCAUACAAUGUGAUUGAGGAAUUGGGGAUUGAUUGAAUAUUACACAUUAUAAUUUAUUAA